GUCGUCGAAACAUUGUGGUACUCGAUAAGCGCGGAUCGCAUGAAGAACGUGUUCGUAGAUCGCCCUCGUCUCGUUGCGUCGCCGACGCCGCCGGAAUCUGUUAACGAAAAAUCAAAGGAAUGAAAAUCCAAUAGAAUGAAAAUCUAAAUACAAGUGCUAUUGUGUGUCAUGUGAAAAGUGAAGACCAAAGAAGAAAAUUCAAGGAGGAAAAUUCAACAAUCCAACAAAUAUAAAAUAUAAAAAUCGUGUGUUUUCCUCGAGAGAUCGCUUACCGUCGAAAAUCGGUCACUUUUUUUUUUUGUCUUGAUUACUUCGAAAAAGAAUUAGCCAAGUGUUUCGCGAAUUUGAUCAAUGUAUUGCCGCAUUUAACAAAAUAUGAUGGUCAUGGAGGGGUGCCAAGACUCGUGUUCUUCUAAGUCAUCUCAGUUGGCGAUACAUUGAGUACCGCCAUGUUGUUGGGUCAACAACGAAACAACAACGAGAACAACCACAAACACUGCGACGGAAAACCGCCGACAGAAAUGAUGAUGACUACGAUGAUGACAUCGACAAGAAGUCGAAGGAAAAGUAGCUGUAAGCCGAAAGUAACGACUAAAGAUUACACAAUGUUCCACAGAUGCCGGAGUAGACACCGGGAUAUAAUGGGUCUAACCUUGCAACUAUUCGUGCUACUUUUGGCUGCAUCGACAACCGCAUUAGCAUCGUCCUCGCAGGACAAGGAGCGGGAACGUCGCUUGGAGGUGUUCGAAGGCGUUGCAGUGGAUCAUCAAAUUGGUUUUAUUGGUGAUUUCGAUGGCAUUGAUAGUGGGCCACCCUAUAUUAUAGUGGCCGAAGCGGGUGUUGAGACAGAUUUAGCCAUUGAUCGAACAACAGGUGAAAUUCGCACCAAAGUCAAAUUGGAUAGAGAGACCCGAUCUUCUUAUAGCCUAGUGGCCAUACCACUAAGUGGUCUCAAUGUGCGAGUAGUUGUCACAGUCAAGGAUGAGAACGAUAAUGCACCUACAUUUCCACAGUCCUCCAUGUACAUAGAGUUCCCAGAGAACACGCCACGGGAGGUGAAACGUACUUUAUUGCCGGCCAGGGACUUGGAUCUGGAACCGUAUAAUACGCAGCGGUAUAACAUUGUAUCGGGCAAUGUGAACGAUGCCUUUCGCCUGUCCUCGCAUAGGGAAAGGGAUGGUGUAUUGUAUUUGGACCUACAGAUCAGUGGUUUUCUAGAUCGGGAGACUACCCCUGCCUAUAGCCUGCUGAUCGAGGCCUUAGACGGAGGCACCCCGCCUCUGAGAGGACUGAUGACUGUGAACAUAACAAUACAGGAUGUCAAUGACAAUCAACCGAUAUUCAAUCAGAGUCGAUACUUUGCCACAGUGCCGGAGAACUCCACUGUGGGCACUAGUGUCCUGCAGGUCUAUGCCUCCGAUACGGAUGCCGACGAGAAUGGUCUGGUGGAAUAUGCCAUUAAUCGGCGUCAGAGUGAUAAGGAGCAAAUGUUCCGCAUUGAUUCACAGACGGGAGCCAUCUUCAUAAAUAAACCAUUGGAUUUUGAGACAAAAGAACUGCACGAACUGGUAGUAGUGGCUAAGGAUCAUGGUGAACAACCGCUAGAGACUACAGCCUUCGUUUCGAUUAGGGUAACCGAUGUGAAUGACAAUCAACCGACGAUUAAUGUGAUAUUCCUUAGUGAUGAUGCAUCGGCGAAAAUUUCCGAGUCCGCACAGCCAGGUGAAUUUGUCGCCCGCAUAUCUGUGCACGAUCCCGAUUCAAAGACGGAAUAUGCCAAUGUGAAUGUGUCGCUAAACGGCGGCGCCGGUCACUUUGCCUUGACCACUCGCGAUAAUAGUAUUUAUCUGGUCAUAGUGAACUUGCCAUUGGAUCGUGAGACCAUUUCGAAUUAUACCCUAAGCGUGGUAGCCACCGAUAAGGGCACACCUCCUUUGCAUGCCACUAAGUCGAUUUUCCUGCGGGUGACCGACAUAAAUGAUAAUGCUCCCGAGUUCGAGCAUUCGGUGUACCAUGCCAAUGUCAUGGAGGUUGCCGAUCCUGGCACUUCAGUGCUUCAAGUUGUCGCCCAUGAUCGUGAUGAGGGUAACAAUUCGGUUGUCACCUAUUUUCUAGCCGAGACACCAGAGACACAUGCCCAGUGGUUUCAGAUUGAUUCGCAGACAGGACUGAUCACCACACGAUCGCACAUCGAUUGUGAAACGGAGCCAGUGCCACAAUUAACAGUGAUUGCUCGCGAUGGAGGACAACCGGCAUUGUCGUCGUCAGCCACCGUUCUGGUGACCAUACACGAUGUUAACGAUAAUGAGCCGAUUUUCGAUCAGAGCUUCUAUAAUGUAACCAUAGCGGAAAAUGAACCCAUCGGCAGGUGUAUACUCAAGGUCUCAGCCAGCGAUCCGGAUUGCGGAGUCAAUGCCAUGGUCAACUAUACAUUGGGCGAAGGUUUCAAGCAUUUGACCGAAUUCGAAGUGCGUUCAGCUUCGGGAGAAAUUUGCAUCGCUGGUGAACUGGAUUAUGAACAACGCAGCAGCUAUGAGUUUCCAGUGUUGGCCACCGAUCGUGGUGGCUUAAGCACCACAGCCAUGAUCAAGAUGCAGUUGACAGACAUCAACGAUAAUCGUCCUGUAUUCUAUCCUAGGGAGUACAAUGUCUCCCUAAAGGAAUUCCAAUCCCAAUCAAGUCAAGGACAGACCAACUCGAAUGCUCCGAUCGUCGCAGUGGUGGCCACUGAUCCGGAUAGCGGUGACUUUGGCCAAGUUUCCUAUCGCAUUGUUAAUGGCAACGAAGCGGGUAUCUUUCGAAUUGAACGCUCUACGGGUGAGAUAUUUGUUGCCCGUCCGGAAAUGCUAUCGGUGAGGCAACAGCCCAAGCAUAUGCUGAAUAUAUCCGCCACGGAUGGCGGUGGGUUGCGUACCAGUUCCGAUGCAAUGGUCUUUCUUAGCAUCAUUGAUGCCCAGCAACGUCCACCUAUCUUUGAGAAGCAGCGCUACAACUAUCAGGUUAAAGAGGAUAAACCAAUGGGCACUGUUGUGGGAUCGGUUAUGGCCUCAAGCAGCGAUUCGGCUCAACGCGGCGGCAUCAGGUAUUCCAUUUACUCUGGCGAUCCGGAUGGUUAUUUCAGCAUUGAAUCUUCUUCGGGCAAUAUAAGAAUUGCCCAUCCAUUGGAUCAUGAGGCCAAAGCACAGGUAUUGCUUAACAUCCAGGCCACCAGUUCAGGUGAUCCUCCUGUCUACGGCCACACUCAGGUCAAAAUCGAAGUAGAGGAUGUGAAUGAUAAUGCUCCCGAAUUCGAGACGACAUCGGUGCGCAUUUCAGUCCCCGAGAAUGCUGAGCUGGGUACGCCCCUGUAUGCCGCUCAUGCUAAAGAUAAGGACUCUGGGAAAAGUGGUCAGGUCACCUACAGUUUGUCCAGUUUAAGUAAAAAGUCCUUGAAUCUCUUUGCCAUCGAUGGAAGUUCCGGGCAUUUGGUCCUAUCCCAGCACUUGGAUUACGAAGUGUCGCAGAGGCAUACGUUAAUUGUGACGGCCAGAGAUGCUGGAACACCUUCACUAUCAUCGAAUCUAACCAUUCUGGUGGACGUACAAGAUGUUAAUGAUAACCCGCCAUUAUUUGAACGAGAUGAAUAUGCGGUUAAUAUAUCCGAAGUUCGACCCGUCAAUACUCAGAUUAUUCAAGUGAACGCCACCGAUCGGGACACGGGUAACAAUGCCCGUCUGACCUAUCGCAUUGUGGAUGCCGGAGUGGAUAAUGUCAGUAUAUCCAAUUCCCAUGCCCUGUCGGAUAUAUCACAGCAUUUUGGCGUAUUUCCCAAUUCCGGUUGGCUUUAUUUGCGUUCACCCCUUGAUCGAGAGCAACGCGAUCGCUAUCAACUGACGGUGAUGGCUACGGAUAACGGGACACCAGCUGCCCAGGCGAAGACACGAAUAGUUAUACGUGUUCUAGAUGCAAACGAUAAUGAUCCAAAAUUUAAACGAUCAAACUAUGAGUUUCGCAUAGAGGAGAAUAUGCGACGUGGCUCAAAAGUGGGCAUUGUACAGGCCAGUGAUUUGGAUUUGGGAGAUAAUGCAGCUAUCAGAUACAGCCUAAUGCCCCAAAACUCGAGCUUCCAGAUUCAACCCAUUACAGGCGAGAUCACCACCAAGGAGCCUCUGGAUCGAGAGCAACGCGAACUUUAUGAUCUCUUGGUUGAGGCUCGUGAUCAGGGCUCACCGCAGCGAUCAGCACGCGUACCCGUUCGCAUCCAUGUCACGGAUGUUAAUGACAAUGCCCCGGAAAUAGCUGAUCCUCAGGAGGAUGUUGUAAGUGUGCGAGAGGAACAGCCUCCCGGCACCGAAGUGGUGCGCAUUCGCGCCAUUGAUCGAGACUCUGGCCAAAAUGCAUCUAUCACCUAUUCAAUUGUUAAGGGUCGUGACUCGGACGGGCAUGGCCUGUUUAGCAUUGAUCCCCAAACUGGUGUGAUACGCACUCGCACGGUGCUUGAUCAUGAGGAGCGCAGCAUCUAUCGUCUAGGAGUGGCGGCAACUGAUGGCGGUCAACCGCCGAAGGAGACACUGCGCAUGCUGAGAGUAGAAGUGCUGGAUCUCAACGACAAUCGACCAACAUUCACCAGCUCUAGCCUGGUCUUCAGGGUACGCGAAGAUGCCAGCGUGGGCCAUGUAGUGGGCUCGAUCAGUCCCAGCGAGACUAGCAAUAGUCUGGAUGCACCCGACGAUCAGCUUUGCGUUACCUACUCUCUCAAUCCUCUGACCAAAGAUCUAAUUGAGGGUGCCUUUGACAUUGACCGUCAAAUGGGAAAUUUGGUAGUGGCUCGCCAACUUGAUCGCGAAGUGCAAGCGGAAUUCCGGCUUGAGAUACGCGCACUGGACAUGACAUCGAAUAAUAACCCACAAAGUAGCUCAAUAACAGUUAAGAUCGAGGUGGCCGAUAUCAAUGAUAAUCCUCCACACUGGCCUCAAGAUCCUCUCGAACUCAAUGUUAGUGAGGCAACAUCUGUGGGCACGAUCAUCUAUAACUUCACGGCCACCGACGCGGAUGCCGGUCACAAUGCUGAACUGCAAUACCGUUUACUGAGCUACUCCCCCCAUCAUUACCCAAACGAGAGUGUAGGGGAGAUAUUCGCCAUGGAUUCUUUGACUGGAUCACUUAGCUUGCAAUCCCCAUUGGAUUUUGAGUCUAUCAAGGAGUAUUUGCUGGUGGUACAAGCCUUGGAUCAGUCAUCGAAUGUCACCGAACGUCUGCAAAGCUCUGUUACAAUGCGUUUAAGGGUUACUGAUGCCAAUGACAAUCCUCCACAAUUUAUGGCUCCCGGUCCCCUGGUCUACGUCAGCGAUGCCAUACGCAUCGGUGAGGUGGUCACACAUGUGGUGGCUAUGGACCCCGAUAAAGGAGCCAAUGGACAAAUUAGUUAUUCAAUCCUUAGUGGCAAUGGAGAAGGACGAUUUCGCAUCAACUCGGAGACGGGCGAAAUAGAGUUGGUGAAAUCGCUCCCAGUGUCUGCUGGUGUCGAUGAUUUGGAUAAAAAUGGUCGUUUCAAUCUACUGAUUAGGGCGGCUGAUCAUGGUCAACCACAAUCAUUGGAAUCCACGCUUAAAUUACAAAUAGUAGUCAAAGGGAGCCACAGUCAUCCGCCUCGUUUCUUGUCGGCGCUGUACCGAGCAACGAUAUUGGAAAAUGCCCCCAGUGGGAGUUUCGUUCUACAAGUGACAGCUAAGCCAACCCAUGGAAGCGACAAUGCUAAUCUAACUUAUGAGAUACCAGUAGGUGUGGCCAAUGAUCUCUUUCAUGUGGAUUGGCAACGCGGAAUCAUCACCACCCGUGGACAAUUCGAUCGCGAACUGCAAUCAGAGUAUCGAUUACCGAUCUACGUAACAGAUGCAAAUCGACUAACCGCUUUAGCUAGUUCAUCAAUCCGGAAACAGCGCUCCUCUACUGAAACAUCAACCACAUCAAAUGGUCAACACUUUGAUGUGGCCACAGUUGUUAUUACAAUCGGUGAUGUCAAUGACCAUGCUCCGGAAUUUCGGCCAGGCUCUUGCUAUGGACUUUCAGUACCAGAGAAUAGUGAGACCAGCGUAAUACACACAGUGGUGGCCACUGAUUUGGAUGAAGGCGUCAAUGCAGAUAUACUUUAUAGCAUUAUAGGUGGUAAUCUGGGAAACAAAUUCUCUAUAGAUGCACGUACGGGGGAAUUAAGCGCUCGUUCCUUGGAUCGAGAGCAACAUUCCCGGUAUACGUUACAAGUGCAGGCCUCCGAUCGAGGUAAACCGAAUAGUUUGCAGGGUCAGUGUAAUAUCACCAUUUUGGUUGAGGAUCAAAAUGAUAAUGCACCUCGCUUUGAGCUACCCAAAUACAUUGCGAACAUCGCAGAGGAUGCUGCAAUCGGCUCCAGUGUUGUGCGAAUUAAGGCCAACGAUGCAGAUCUGGGCAUCAAUGCCAGAUUGGUCUAUGCCUUGGCCAAUGAAACGCAAUGGCAAUUCGCCAUCGACAGCAAAAGUGGACUCAUCACGACUGUUGGAAAACUGGAUCGCGAAUUACAGUCGAGCUAUAGUUUUAUGGCCUUGGCCACCGAUGGUGGACGCUACGAGGUGCGUUCCGCCCGUGUUCCGGUUCAGAUCAACGUCCUGGAUGUCAACGACAACAAGCCCGUUUUUGAGCGUUAUCCAUAUAUGGCUCAAGUGCCAUCUUUGAUACAGCCCGGGCAAACGUUGGUUAAGGUACAGGCCCACGAUCUUGAUGAGAAUUUGAACGGCGAAAUCACAUACAGUCUCAAGUCGGGUAGUAGUAGCCUCAAGGGUAAUCAGCUUGGAAAAUUCCGUAUUAAUCCACACACGGGAGCAUUGAGCGCCACUCAAAGUCUGGCCAGUGAGGCUGGACACCUGAUUCAACUGGAAAUAAUGGCUCGCGAUAAGGGUAAUCCGUCAAAGUUUUCAGAGGGAUUGAUUGAGCUAAUGGUGGGUGAUCAACCCGUUGACCAGCCUAUUCUGCGGUUUCAAAACGACACAUAUAGAAUCAAGUUGAAGGAGAAUGCACCUGCAGGCACUCGACUCUUACAGUUUGUGGCUCUGCGCAGCGAUGGACGACGACAAAAGGUAAAUUUCUCAUUUGGUGCGGGCAAUGAUGAUGGAAUUUUCUCGCUGGAUGCCACAACAGGAGAGUUACGGGUGGCUAACCCUUCACUUUUGGACUAUGAUGGCUUUUCCAUUUCUUCAACGAAUGCAGCUGGUAACCGUGGACGUUCAAUGCAAUAUGAAGAGAUUAAUGAAUCAACGGAGGAAGUCGAUCCAGAAGAGGCAGAGGAUGAAGCAAGAAGACUUACGACACGCAGUCAGCGUGCCUUGUCAUUUACUCUAACCAAUUCACAACCCCAUGAGCUUCGACUUGUUGUAGUGGCGCGCAGUGCCAGUCCGGAUUCGGGACCCUUUCUCACCAGUUAUGCGGAAUUAAUUGUCGAGCUGGAAGAUGAAAAUGAUAAUAGUCCACAAUUUUCGCAGCAUCAAUUCGUGGCCACUGUUUGGGAGGGUAACAGCAAGGGCACUUAUGUGGCUCAAGUACAGGCCUUUGAUGCUGAUGCGGGGGCCAAUGCCCGCCUCCGUUAUCACAUUGUCGAUGGGAAUCAUGAUAACGCUUUCGUCAUUGAACCUGCAUUCAGCGGCAUUGUGAAAACCAAUAUUGUCCUAGAUAGGGAGAUACGAGAUGUAUAUCAAUUGAAGAUCAUUGCCACCGAUGAGGGAGUACCUCAGAUGACAGGGACUGCAACAAUACGGGUACAGAUUGUCGAUGUGAAUGACAAUCAGCCGACAUUUCCUCCAAAUAAUUUGGUCAGCGUCAGCGAAGCCACUGAGUUGGGCUCGGUGAUUACUUCCAUUUCGGCUAACGAUGUGGAUACUCACCCCACAUUAACUUAUCGCUUGGGCAGCGAUUCCAGUGUAGCCAGAGAGAAUCAAGGGAUAUUUGCUCUGGAUCGCUAUAGCGGUAAAUUGGUACUUAAACGACGUCUAGACUAUGAAUCCCAACAAGAGUAUCAAUUGGAAAUCAUAGCGUCUGAUGCAGCGCACGAGGCUCGCACCAUGUUAACCCUACGAGUUGGUAAUGAAAACGAUAAUGCACCCGUAUUUCUGGCUCAACAGCCUCCUGCGUAUUUCGCCCAACUGCCUUUGGUGGAGGAUGAGGAUGAUAAUAACUUAAGAAUGGAUGUGGAAUUGGUUACAGUGAAUGCCACUGAUGCUGAUGGUGAUGAUAUAUCGCAAAUAAGCUAUAGUAUACAUCCGACCGUGAUUGGUUUCAAUGUGAAUCCUUCAAGUGGAGUGGUCUCGGUUAACAUGUCUCGAUUGACUUCGGAAUCACUAUCACCUCCAUCUCCAAACGGUGACUACUUUAUCCGAGUUGUGGCCCAAGAUAGCGGUAAGCCGAAACAAAGUUCAUCUACACUAGUCCGAGUUCAAGCUAAUCGGGAUACUGGCGCAAGAAGAUCUCUGUUUUUGCAAACCCAAUACCGUGCUCAGAUAAGUGAGGCCGCUCCUUUGGGUUCAAUUGUCCUGCAGUUGACCCAAGAGGAAGCCAUGUCGAAUGAUCGCAGCAUAAUGAUUGAUCCUUUGGGCAAUGAGGAGGCGGCCUUUGAGUUGAUCCAGUCAAAGACCAUAGUUUUGGUGAAACCUUUAGAUCGAGAGAGAAACAACCUCUACAAGCUUCGACUGUCAAUGGGUUAUGCCCACUCACAUUUGAAUUCAAGCAUUAGUGUGAUAAUCAGUGUUGUGGAUUUCAAUGAUAACGCUCCCAUUUUCGAUCCCAGUGCCAAAUACGAGGCCGAGAUUAGCGAAUUAGCUCCAUUGAGGUAUUCCAUUGCCCAAAUAAUGGCGUUUGACGCUGAUGAGGAAAAUACACCCAACUCUGAGGUUGUCUAUGAUAUAACAUCGGGCAAUGAUGAGCAUAUGUUUACCAUUGAUCUGGUAACUGGGGUGCUAUUUGUUAAUAAUCGCUUGGACUUCGACAGUGGAGCCCGUAGCUAUGAGCUGAUUAUUAGAGCCUGUGACAGCAGUCAACAACCUAGACCACUGUGUAGUCUGCAACCCUUCCAUCUCGACUUGUACGAUGAGAACGACAAUGAACCACGCUUUCCUCUAACGGAAUAUAUACAUUUUCUUGCCGAAAAUGAACCAAUGGGCACUUCCAUUUUCCGAGCACAGGCUACUGAUUUGGAUCGUGGUCCUUUCGGACAGCUUAACUAUAGCCUAGCUGCCUCACCGUCCAAUGCAGAUGGCGAUGAUGAAUGGCGUCUUUUCCACAUAGAUCCCCAAUCCGGUGUAGUCACUUCAUCAGGCGUUUUCGACUAUGAACAGCGUCAGCGUUACGACUUGGAACUGCGAGCCACCGAUAUGGGUGGCAAGACUGCUAGAGUAGCUCUUCGUGUGGAGAUCGAGUCGCGCGAUGAAUUCCAGCCACAGUUCACGGAACGAACAUAUCGUUUCGUUUUACCAGCAGCUGUUGCCUUGCCUGCUGGGUUUGUUGUCGGUCAAGUGCAGGCCUCGGAUUCGGAUAGCGGACCUGAUGGCCGUGUUGUCUACCAAUUAAGUGCGCCGCAUCAACAUUUCAAGGUGAACCGCAGCAGCGGAGCGGUGUUGGUCAAAAGAAAACUCAAACUGGAAGACGCCGAAGUUGGCGGCGGUGAUAUCAGUUUGGUGAUCUCCGCCUCAUCUGGUCGGCCCAAUUCACUGUCCAGCAUGGCUGUUGUGGAAAUUACUCUCGACCCGUUGGCUCAUCCUAGCACGAAUCUGGCCAGCAGCAUAGGAGGGGGCGUUGGCGGAGGAGGCUUUGGUGACUGGACGAUUGGACUAUUGAUAGCCUUUCUCCUUGUUCUCUGCGCUGCUGCCGGCAUUUUCCUCUUUGUUCACAUGCGUAGUAAUCGGGGGAGAGCCCGCAAUGUUAUCAAGCCACAUCUCAGUAGUCAAACAGUGGGUGGUUCAAAUAGCUAUGUGGAUCCCAGUGCCUUUGAUACCAUACCAAUUCGAGGAGGUGGAAAUGUAGCAGGAGGUACAACAGGUGCGGCGGGCGCUGCCUCAGGACAGUUUGCACCUCCAAAAUAUGAUGAGAUACCACCCUUUGGCCCACAUGGAGGAAGUUCCGGGGCGGCCACUACAUCUGAGCUGUCUGGCUCAGAGCAGUCAGGUUCUAGUGGGCGAGGUUCCGCAGAGGAUGACGGCGAAGAUGAGGAGAUACGCAUGAUCAAUGAGGGACCCCUCAAUCAUCGUUCUAAUGGUGGAGUAAGUGAUGACGACAUCUCCGUUCAGAAUACCCAAGAGUAUCUGGCCCGUUUGGGGAUUGUUGAUCAUGAUCCGAGUGGCGCUAGUAACGGCGCCGGGGGGUCAACAAUCAACGGUUCUAUGCCCCUUCAUAUGUUUGUCGACGAAGAUGCAGCCACCACUCGCUCGGAUAUCACCAAUCUCAUCUAUGCAAAGCUCAACGAUGUGGGAUCGGGCGGGGCGACUGGAGCUGGUGGUUCUGAGCUAGACAGCAGUGCGGCAGAUGAUGCAGCCACAACGGCGGGUAGCAUUGGUACACACCAUGGGCAUGGUUAUAGCGAGAUGCCCGUACCCCUAUCAGUCCCAGUUGUCGUAGGUGGCGGCGGCGGAGGUGGCGGUUCUCUAAGCUCCAUCGUCCACAGCGAAGAAGAACUGACGGGCAGUUACAAUUGGGACUAUCUCUUGGACUGGGGGCCGCAAUAUCAGCCCUUGGCUCAUGUUUUCUCUGAAAUAGCAAGACUGAAAGAUGACUCGAGCAGCAUGUCGGAGCACAGCGGACUCAGUGGUAAAAGUGGAAAACAAUCUUUAAGCAGUGUGGUCCACAAGCCCAACAAUCCUCCACCUGCAACUGCACCAUCAGCGCCUCCAUUAUCAACUGGUAACAGCAUUCCACCACCACUUCUCACGAAUGUGGCCCCGCGAGCAAUAAAUCAUCUGCCGGGGGGCCUGAGAGGAGGACUACCGCCCCCACCCCAUCAUAUGAACGGCAGCAUGUCUGGUGGGUUCCCACGCUCACCGAUUGGUCAUGAGGCAAGUGGCAGCUGUUUUAGCACCUCCUCGGCCAUGUCGCCUUCAUUUUCGCCCUCCCUUUCGCCAUUGGCCACCCGCUCACCUUCCAUUUCACCCUUGGGCAUGCCACCACCCCGACAUGGCCACCACGGCCAGCCUCAGCCCAGUCAACGAUCGAAUCCAGGGACAAGAAUGUGAGGAGAUGUGCCCAAAAUUAACGGUAAUUGAUCGAUAAGCUUAUAGUAUUACUUGCACCCUCUCACACAAUGCACCGCACACAUCACAUCACCCCACAAACACACACACACACACACACAUACACAUAUAUAGUUGUAUAUACUUAAUACAAAGCCAACAAAGACUCUCUGAUAAAAAAAUAACAAAGAAUCGAAACGCAAAAUAAAACACAAUUUGCUUCUAUUCAAAAGGAGACAAAACCAAGCCAAGCCAGCCAUAAGUUAUAAGCAUUUAGACCCCUAGUUCGUAUGUAGAUAGCUAGUUAGUUAAGCAAUUAACUAUAUAGAUGUAGAUAGGCAUAUACAUAUGUAUGUAGAUAGGUAGAAAUAUAAUCCCCCACUUCCACACAAAUCGUGCUAAUUUCAAAGGCACUACAUACCCGCAUUUGAUUCAGAAAUGUAAAAAGUUGUAUUUUUAUUCAUUCCACAAUCAUCUGGGAACGAGUCCCUGUAACAAUAAAAACAAAAGAAAACAUCAUUAAUAUUUUA